AUGCCCCAGAUACCCACGCCUCCUGCAUCGCGACCAGGGUCGGAGGCUCCUGAGGUCGAGGUCAAGUCCGCGGAGACCCCGGCAGCUUCAGCGGAUUUGCUCCAGUCGUUGGAUACUCUCCUGGAACAGUACUUGCACCUGCUUGAUCGACAGCAGGAGUUACAGUCUGGGCUGGCAAAGCAAUUAUCUUCGGGAUUUCUUGCCCUCGCCCAUGCAAACUACACCUGUCCACCCGGCCGACGAUAUGGCGCGGACUACUAUGAUGAGCGGAUGAAAGCAACCAGGAAGAUUGCGAUCCAAAGGGCACCCGAGGAGGACGGAUCCACAAACUCGACAGAGGCUAGCAGCGCCCAAUCGAAUGAGUACGAAUACCAGUUUAACAUCGAGUAUACUCCAAGCCGCGCACCCGAAGCGCAGGUGGGGACAAAAGAAGAAUUGCAGUCUGAGGACUCGGACUCGGAGAAGACAUCGCAACUCGACACCCCCGGUGCUGGGGCCGAGAGCGAUUCGCCAGUUGAAGAUUCCGCCCCUGCCAAAUGCUCUGUCAAGUCCAAGGCGGCCAAGAAAUCUAGACCCAGUGAUCCUCUAUAUUGGUUCGGAAUCCUGGUGCCGCCUUCAUUACGCAAUGCUCAAAAGUCCUUUACCGACGGUAUUCAAAACGAAGUACCGGCUUUGGCGGCCGUGGUGGUCGAGAUGCGCGGCCUAGAGGACCAGAUCAAAAGACUACGGACGGAACUUGGAGGUUAA